AUGCGCUACUUGAAGCAGAUAGUAAUGGACAGUAGCUACAUCUCAUCCACGCUAGCAGUGAAAGAGAUGAGAACUGCAGCGAAAAUCUAUCGUGCACUGAGAGGCAAACAAGGAAGAAGCAGAACAGAGACGAAUCUUCCAGACCACGACUGGCCACAAGUCUGGAAGAAUCUCUCUGAGAAAGCCAUACCCCCGGAAGCUAGAGACACGUGGUACAAAGUCGUACACAACAAGAUACCGACGAACGAGCGCCUAGCGCGCAUUGCCAUGCGCGAGUCGCCGCACUGCGAAGUGUGCAACGAGAUCGACACCGCGGAACACCGCUUCACAUGUCCGACAAGUCAGGCGAUAUGGGAGACAUGCAGGAAAAUGGUGGCGCUCAUGAACAGGGCGGAUCACCGAACUAUAGAAGCCACAGCCCUCACGAUCCCGGCUGCAAAAGGUUUCCCACGUCCCAAACGCGUCGCGACCAUGUGGACGUUCGCGAUGACAGCGCACGCCAUAAUCGCAAAAAAACAAACGGACGGAGUGCAGUUCCUCACCGAUCUCUGGGAGGAACACAAGCGAGCCAAGCGGAAAAACAACUACAGGCAGACGUUCCAGAACUACCUUCAGAUAGCGCUGGACGCCGCCUUCAAGGACGCCCUCCGUCCCCACACGCCACGACCGCCUCCGACGUCUCCGCCGCCGCCGCCGCCGCCGCUGCCGCCGCCGCCGCCGCCGCCGCCGCCGGCGCCGCCGCCGCCGCCGCUGCCGCUGCCGCCGCCGUCGCCGCCGACGCUGCCGCCGCCGCCGACGCCGCCGGCGCCGCCGACGCCGCCGACACCGCUGCCGCCACACCACGCCCCCCCCUAG